ACCGAUAUCAAACCCGUUCUCCACAAGGCACGUAAACCACUGCCGUUUUUGCACUGAAAUCCCAUCUUCCUCCUUCACUGCCUUUCUUGCUGCGCGACCCACCCGUGCCCCCGCCCGACUACAGUCUUUUCCACGUCAUCGUAGACCUUUCAGAACUUGGGGUAAGGGAAAACCAAAAAACUGUUCAGUAGAGGAAUAUGUCAGGCACGUAGUCAGCAUCGUAAGAGGUAACAAUAAUACUCGUACGAAUCAUGGUCAAAGUACUUACAGGGUGAUAUGAAGAACAGUGUUAUUUCAAGGUGAAGUCUGUGUGAGAAAAGGAACACAAAUACUACACAUGACAUUGGUGAACUGGCAUGUUAUUUUGAAGAUGAAAUUAUCGAGUUCAUCAGUACGGCUCCCUGUUAUGACGUCCUUCCAACAGAACUGAAGAUUAACUCUGUCCAUAUGGCAUUUAGUAUCCUGCAUGAAACUAUUGAUAAAAGAGCCAACUAAAUACGAUGAUGUGUAACUUACAAUGGCAUUUGUUUAUGCUCAAUUCCAUAACCUGUGGUCUUGAAAUCUGUGUAGCAGCAGGGAUUACGUAUGUUCCUCCAUUAUUGCUGGAGGCUGGUGUGAAAGAACAGUAUAUGACCAUGGUAUUGGGGAUUGGACCAGUUUUAGGGCUUAUUUUCAUUCCUCUGAUUGGAUCAGCCAGCGACAACUGUACCAGCAAUUAUGGACGCCGACUUCCUUUUGUCUGGUUUCUAUCCUUGGGUGUCCUCCUUUCCCUGUUCAUCAUCCCACAUGCUGAUGUAAUGGCAACAUACUUUUCCUUUGGGGGUCAGACCUUGCAAAUUACGUUCCUUAUUAUUGGUGUGGUUUUGCUUGAUUUCUGUGUGCAGGUAUGUUUUACCCCACUAGAAGCACUUCUUUCAGAUCUCUACCAUGAUGCUGAGGACUAUGGGCAAGCCUUUGCCAUAUUCUCAUUCAUGAUCAGUCUCGGAGGCUGUAUUGGUUACUUGUUGACUGCAGUCAAUUGGGACAAUGGCUGCUUUUUACAGUACCUUGGCAACCAAGAAGAUUGUCUUUUUAUGUUACUAGCUGUCAUCUUUGUUGCAAGUGUCCUAAUCACUAUGAAGGCAUCUUGGGAGCUGUGCCCUCCUUCAAGACAUACUGUGCAUUCCAAGACUUUUGAAACAGCUGGGUCCAUCACAAGGUGUCACUACUGCUGCUUUGGUUCAAAGUGUAGAUUUUGGUCACUGAAAUCAGGGUCUGUUUUCUGCUUGCUGAGAACUUGUUGGGCCAUGUUGCCAGCACUUUAUCACAGUUACUGUCAUGUUCCUAGAGUCAUGAAACAGCUCUGCUUGGCACAGCUGUGUAGCUGGAUGGCUGUUAUGUCCUUUAUUUUAUUCUAUACAGACUUCGUGGGAGAAGGGCUGUAUGAAGGCAUCCCAAGCGCAGCUCCAGGCACAGCAUCACGAAUUCGCUAUGAUGAAGGUAUCCGCAUGGGAAGUUUAGGACUUUUCUUGCAGUGUGCUACCUCAACAAUAUUCUCUAUAAUUAUAAAUAAGCUUGUUCGGAGCUUUGGGUCAGGAAAGGUAUAUUUGGUCAGCAUGGUGACAUUCACUUUCUCAGCAUCGGUAAUCUGUCUCUCUAAGAAUGUAGCACUAGUCACAGCCAUGUCCUCACUGACAGGAUUUGCCUAUGCUAUGUUACAGACGCUGCCAUAUACAUUAACUUGCCUGUAUCACAAGGAAAAAGAAGUUUUUAUGCCAAAGAAGUUACCCAGUAUUACUUACCAUUCUGAACCCACUGUUACAAGGGAGUCUGUGUGUCUGGCACUUAGUCAGCAAUUAAGUGAUGUAGAAGCAUCUCCGAAGUAUAGUCAUGCAAACCAGAAUGGGCUUAUUCCCUGCAAAGAUAAAACAGUUUUUUAUCCAGACGGGUAUUCCUGCUCUCGGGAUCUACAACUGGUUCCAAAUGAUUUUCAUCCAUACGUUAAUGUAAACCAGUCUUUCAUUUCAGCUGGAGAAAAUUAUGAACAACGUGGAAUUGGGCUAGACUUUGCCAUCCUUGACAGUACCUUUCUGCUUUCUCAGGUAUUUCCUUCUCUCUUCAUGGGAAUAGUCGUUCAACUCAGUGAGUCUGUCACAGCUUACAUUGCGUCCGCUGUCAUUUUUGGUUUAAUCUCUAUAUACCUGGCAACUGGCAUUGUGUUUGACAAACAGGAUGUAGGUUCUAAAACAUGCUACCAAAUUUUUUAAGAGUUCUCCAGCUACUGUUUGUUACUCUAAAACAUAUUUGCAUUUCUACCAUAUACUGUUUUCCUUUGUUUUGUUUUUACUCCAAACAAUAGUGAAAUUUGUUUUUGUGUAAUCAUAUCACCUGAUCAUGUGACAAUCCAGUUUUAUUGUAAAAUGUGCUUUUUUUUUUAAUAAUUUAUUGAUUAUAUUCCUCCAUGGUUUUUAUAGUGUGGGACCAAAUUACUGCAUUUGUUCGAAGUGCCUGUUCAGAGUUACAACGUAUUUUUGUAAAUAAAAAUAUUUAUUGCAUUUCA